AUGGUGACAUUAGUGGUAGGUGCCGAGUGCUAUGACAUAAUGGCCAUGGUGGGGAAGGGGACAUUUGGACAGGUGAUCCAGGGGCAGUGCAGGAGCACUGGGGACAUGGUGGCUAUCAAGAUCCUGAAGAACCGUGAUCACAGUGGCCAGAUAGUGAAGAACGAGCUGAGGCUGCUGCAGGCCUUGCGGGAGGGGAACACCAAGGACUCUCACAUCGUCCAUUUCCUCGAGUCCUUCAGCGACACGGUCUGGACCUACCUGGUCUUCGAGCUGCUGCAGCAAAACCUCUUUGACUUCCAAAAGCAGAACAACUUCUCACCGCUGCCGGUGCGGCACAUCCGCACCAUCACAGCGCAGGUGCUGGUGGCGCUGGUCAAGCUGAAGGAACUCUCCAUCGUCCACGCUGACCUGAAGCCAGAGAACAUCAUGCUGGUGGACCACGCCCGCUACCCCUUCCGCAUCAAGCUGGUCGACUUCGGCUCGGCCAUCCUCCUCCCCGAGGCCUGCCACGUGCAGGAGCCCUACAUCCAAACCCGCUUCUACCGGGCCCCGGAGAUCUUGCUAGGGCUGCCCUUCUGUGAGAAGGUGGACAUCUGGUCUUUGGGCUGUGUGAUGGCCGAGCUGCACCUGGGCUGGCCGCUGUACCCCGGCAAUGACGAAUACGACCAGGUGUGCUACAUCUGCUCCACCCUGGGGCUGCCCCGGGGCGAGCUGCUCUGUGCUGCCCAGAAGACAAGGUCCUUCUUCCAGUAUGUGCCGUGUUCUGCUGGCACCUGGCAGCUCAAACCACCAAGGAAGGUGACGGCAAAGCCAAUGGAGAGGAGGGAGCACAUCUUCUCCUCGCUGGAUCAGCUGGCGGUGGUGAAUGUCUGCCCGGUGCCUGACCCUGGCCAGGAGGAGCUGGCCGAGCGCUGUGAUCUGUACAGGAUGGUGGAGCUGGUCAAGAGGAUGCUCACUUGGGACUCUCACGAGCGAAUCACACCCAGCGCUGCCCUUCAUCAUCCCUUCAUCUCCAUGCAGGAGAUGAAGGCCAGCUUUGAGGCCACCCGGUACUACCAGCUCAGCCAGGAAGACCUGAGGGCAUCCUGUGAGGAUUCCAGCACAGCCGAGAUCUUCUCCAGCACAGGUGCCUUCAUCCCUGCCAGCCAGAGAGGCAUCCAGAAGGCCACUGCCCAGAUGGAUGGGCUCAGCCUGGCUAAGCCAGCUGGGGACACUGGUGACAAACAUCAGCAGGACAUCUGCCAAGCGCCCAGCCCCACCUGCUGUGGAAGCCAGUACUGUCAGCAUAACUGGUGUCCCCAGAUGGAGCCCACCGAUGGCCACUUGUCUGUGCUGGGGUCUCCCAGCAAAAUGAGACAGUACAACCACUGCAGUGGCAGCCCAGUCGUUGGUGGCAUCAUAGAACAGCACCUGCCUGCAAGAUGCUCCAGCUCAUCCUGUGCCAAGAGCCUGUGGCACUCCCAGCGCCACUGA